AUGUCUGCCAUUGCCACGCUUAGAUUGGCUUCGCGUCCUGCAGUCAGGCUCUCCAGAGCCCCAAUGCUGAGAUUCGCAGCCCUAGCAAGAUACUAUUCCUCCAAAUUCCCAGAGCACACCGUCAUCACCAUGCCAGCGUUGUCGCCAACCAUGACCCAAGGAAACAUCGUGAAGUGGCACAAGAAGGUUGGAGAUGCUCUACAGCCGGGCGAGUCCAUUGCCGAGGUCGAGACCGAUAAGGCAUCCAUGGACUUUGAGUUCCAGGAAGAGGGGUUCCUGGCUAAAAUCCUUGUUCCAGACGGAACCCAAGACAUUCCUGUUGGAAAGCCGGUGGCCGUGUACGUCGAGGAGAGUGGCGACGUUGCUGCGUUUGAGGGUUUCACCGCCGCAGACGCCGGCGAUGCAGGUGCUCCAGCCGCAAGCGAGCCAGCAAAGGAAGAGGCCCCUGCUCCAAAGAAGGAACCAAAGGAAGCGCCAAAGGAAUCCCAGCAGGCCAAAAAGUCAUCUCCUGCUCCAUCUGGCAGAAUCUUCGCUUCUCCACUGGCCAAAAACAUUGCUUUGGAGAAAGGCAUUUCUCUCAAGCAGAUUAAGGGUACUGGUCCAAACGGAAGAAUCGUGGCCAAGGAUGUCGAAAACUACAAGCCAGCAGCUCCAGAGGCCCCUGCCGCCCCAUCAGCCCCAGCAGCAGCCACUUACCAGGAUAUUCCAUUGACCACCAUGAGAAAGGUCAUCUCCAAGAGACUGACCGAGUCGAAGCAAACGUCUCCAGACUACAUCGUUUCCUCGACUAUGUCUGUCUCGAAACUGCUCAAACUCAGAGCCUCUCUGAACGCUGCUGCCAACGACAGAUACAAGCUCUCAGUCAACGACCUGCUGAUCAAGGCCAUUGCCAAGGCCUGUGAAAGAGUUCCUGAGGCCAACGCCUACUACAUGGAAAAGGAGGGAAUCAUCAGACAGUUCUCGAACGUUGACGUUUCGGUUGCUGUGGCCACUCCUACGGGUCUGAUCACCCCAAUUGUCAAAAACGCACACGCCAAGGGUCUUGAGACCAUCUCCAAGGAAGUCAAAGACCUCGGCAAGAGAGCCAAGGAGAACAAGCUGUCUCCAGAAGAGUUCCAGGGCGGCACCAUCACGAUCUCCAACCUGGGAAUGAACCCUGCUGUCACGCUGUUCACCUCCAUCCUGAACCCUCCACAAUCGGCUAUUCUGGCCGUCGGCACCGUCGAGAAGAAGGCCGUGCCUGACAAGGCCAGUCCACACGGCUUUGUGUUCGACGACGUGAUCAAAAUCACGGGAACUUUCGACCACAGAACUGUGGACGGCGCCAAGGGAGGCGAGUUCAUCAGGGCCCUCAAAACCAUAGUGGAAAACCCGCUGGAGAUGCUUUUGUAA